UUACGUGAAGCUGGGGCUAUAUUUAUAGGAAAAUCAAACCUCUCUGAGUGGUCCGGUAUGAGGGGCGAGUGGGGACUUCUAAAGGGACAGGUUCCCGGUGGCUUGUCGGAGCGUGGGGGACAAACUUUUUCCCCCUACUACCCGAAUGCACAUCCGUCUGGUUCGAGCUCCGGAAGUGGUGUUGCGAUGGCCAUUGGUCUCGCAGCUGGUUCGCUUGGCUCAGAAACUCAUGGCUCUAUUGUCUCUCCAAGUAGCAGGCACAAUGUUGUGGGCAUCAAGCCCACCAUCGGGCUGGUAUCUCGCUCAGGCGUAAUACCUAUCUCAUCUCAUCAAGAUACUCUUGGCCCGAUGUGUCGUUCUGUCACUGACGCCGCGCUAUUGUUGAAUUUCAUGGCUGGGCCUGAUCCUCGAGAUGAAGUUACUUUACGUCAGCCCGGACUAGUCCCAGACUACAUGAAAGCGCUCGACAAAAACGCCCUUAAAGGUGCUCGUCUUGGAGUGCCUCGUUCCUUCAUCCGUAAUACCAAGGUCAUCCAGGAGACCUUCAACUCAUCUCUUGAUGUCUUUCGAGCUUUGGGCGCGGAAAUCGUUGAUCCUGCGGAUUUCCCGGAUACAGAAGAACUAUUGACAUCGAAGGCGGAGAAGCGGGUAGUGGACGUGGACUUCAAAUUUGAUCUUAACAAAUACCUAUCAGAACUUGUCGACGUUCCGACAGGCGUCAAGACUCUCGCUGCAUUGAUAGAAUUCAGCGAGAAACGUGCGGACCUCAAUCUUCCACCACCAUUUUACAAUGAUCAAUCGCAAUUCAAGCAAUCGGAAGCCUCUCAAGCUGAUGAUGCUUACUUUUCAGCACUAGCCGAAAAUUUCGACUUGGGUCGCACGAGAGGAAUUGAUGCCACUCUGGCCCAGUUCAAUCUCGAUGCUAUAAUUCUACCAACCGAAAAUGCAUCGACACCCACGGCAAUCGCAGGGUAUCCGUUGAUUUCAGUGCCCCUCGGAUUCCAGCCAGAUGACGUCGAGUUACUUCCUGUGACGCCAUCGUCAGUUUAUACGCAAGCCCCGGGACUUCCUUUUGGAAUUGUUUUUAUGGGAACCGCGUAUAGCGAGUUCAAGCUCAUCGGCUAUGCGUAUGCAUUUGAGCAGGCUACCCAUGUGAGACUUCAGAGAAGGGCCUAUGAUGAUGCGAUUCCUAGAACCCAAUUAACGGAUGUUAUGUCCCAGCUGUGAACGUGACUUUAACAUUAUACACUGCCAUACAAUACUGAUG